AUGAGUCACAUCAGCUUCAAAGUGGGGAUUAUCUUCUUCAUCCAGACUGGAGCAGGCAUUAUGGGGAACUCCUUGCUUCUCUGUCUUUAUAGCUUCACUUUGCUCACUGGAAAAAAGAGGAGACCCACAGACCUGAUCCUCAACCAACUGGUUUUUGCCAACAACUUAGUUCUGUUCUUCAGAGGCAUCCCUCAGACAAUGUCAGCUUUUGGUUGGAAGGAUUUCCUGGGUGAUGCUGAAUGUAAAGUUGUUUUAUAUGUUCACCGAGUAGCCAGAGGGGUUUCUCUUAAUACCACAUGCCUUCUGAGUGGUUUCCAAGCCACCAAGCUUUGUCCCAGUUUCUGUUGGUGUAAGCAUCUUAGUAAGAGAUACCCAAGAUGUGUUGGUGUCUGCAGCUUCUAUUUUUGGAUCCUGCAAAUCUUAAUAAAUAUCUAUGUUCCUAUAGCAGUAACUGGCCCAAGAGACAGUCAAAAUAAAAGUGAAAACAAGAAUUAUAGAUACUGUUCCUCACCCAUACUGAAAAAAUACAUAAUUUUAUUAAAUGCAAUCUUGUACUUUGCCAUUGAUGCUAUAUGCUUGAUGUUCAUGAUUCUGUCCAGCAGUUCUAUGGUCCUUGUCCUGAAGAGGCACAUGCAACAAGUUAAACACAUUCACAGCCAUACGCUUUCCUUGAGACCUGCCCCAGAAGACAAAGCUACAUGUACUAUUCUUAGCCUGGUGACCAUGUUUGUUUUCUUUUUCUGUCUCUCUUCCAUAUCAACUCUUUGUCUUGUUCUUAUCAGGGACUCAAACCAGAGGCUGAUUGAUGCUGCUGUAUUCCUGGCUGCAUGCUUUCCUGCAUUCAGCCCCUUUCUGCUCAUCAGCAGUGACACCCGUGUCUCUCACAUCUUUGAUAUCUGCAGGAGAAAGAAACUCUUUCUCUCUGGCUUUCAGAGAGUUGCACAGCUCACAAAACAUGCUUGCAACCAGGAGGUUGGCCCUGCAGAAGGCACUCCUGGCAGACAAUAUCAGAGAACACAAGUCUACACAAUUGUCACACAGAAAGAACUGAUGGUGACCCAGAGCAGCAAGAGAACUGAAGAGUGUGCACACUAUGGAAGUUCCAAAGUGCUACUGAGGAUGAACAAUAAUUAUGCCAUCCAAGAAAGAGUUACCUUCAAAAUAAAUACUAAUCACAUGGUACUUUGGGAAAAGAUUGAAGGGGCAUUUUGA